UGAAAGUACGAAAUAAGAUGCGUACAUUUAAAACUUUAUUGUGAUAUGAGGAUAUAUACAGUAAACGAUACUCUGUUAGGAAUUAUUCUGUCAAAGUCUAAGCCAAACGAACCUCGGGUUUCAAGUAGAUAAAGGAAACUUUCAAUUUUAAAUAAUGUAUUGGACAUUACAAAAAAAUAUAAGGAAUGCUAAAAAGCGCGUCCCCAGACGCUGUCCUUUUAUCUUCAUGAUUGUGAUGUUGACGAUAAUCAUGAUUGUGAUGUUGACAAUAACAGCAAUCAUGAUUGUACGAUAUAUAUACAGCACGAUAGUUAGUACAGCUGAAGGUCGCGUGGUAAUGGAAGACCUUGAGAACAAUCCUCACAAGGUAGCUGGGAAAUACCUACAGGUAUUUGACUUGAAUGUACCCCAACAACCAGCAGAUAUUGUCGGCUACAUAGACACAAAAAAAAGGAGAUUUGCCAAGCUCAGGAGGAACAUGGCCGAGCAAGCAGCAAACGCCGCAGUGCAUCUCGUCCUCAGGGACAGUAAGAAGGAAGCUGCUGCGAAGAUGCGAUCAGGUUAAGGUCAAGACGGCUCUGUGGCGGGUUAAAUUAAGUCCAUCAUAAAAGAAAAGAGCACUUUGAGAAGGUGUAGCAAGGGAGAUAACAAGUAGAAUGUAUGGAUUAAGUGUUAACUCCCUUAAAUUAUUGUUCACGCAUAUUGACUAUGGUAGGGGGGAAAAAGGGCAAUUGUUUCACUGCAAGCAAAAAAUAUGCAGGCCUGCACAAAAUGUCAUAAGAAAUAAAAUCCUGUACUAAAUUAGUUCAUUAAUGAAAAGUAAAAUCAAUGUUACAAAUCUA